CACCAACCGCGUACAGCCCUGAGAUCCAAGGCAAGAGCCACAACCGGUACGGGGCGCCGGUGGCUGGCUCCGAUCAAGAACCCGCCCCACAGGUCUCUGACAGUCGCUGCGGUCGUCAAUGUCCCGGCCCUCGAGACCACCAGUGCGACGGGGAAAAGGUCUCGAUGUCACAGAGAGGACCUGCGCCUCGCCCAGUCUCUCGUCACUCGUCGCAGUCAUCGGCCGAAGAAGCUGCCCCGUCCUCCCCCUCCCAGCCAAGCCUUACUCGCCAAGAUGACUCGAAAGCCUGGCCGCAACACGACCUAGGCGGUGCUCUAGUAGCUGAAGGCGGGAGGAGGGCCCAACGGUUUGAACCGAGAGCGCCCGGCGUUCACGACAGCCUGACUUCUCCCAGGUCUCGCGCAACCUUGGCCGAGGGAGCGAAUCGCCAGCAAACGAUGGGGGCGGGACGCUAUGGAUGGGAUGGCUCGCCUCCCCAUCACCAGGGGCCGCAGGCCCAGGUCCCUGCAGCAACACAAACAGCUAGCCCGGCCGUCCCGUCCGCGGAACGUGGUUCACCGUCGGCGAGCCAUCCUUAUCCCCUUUCGGCGCCGAGGCGGAUCCUAACGCCCAAGUCGCCCAGAGCCGCCAGCAUGAGCCGGGCUGUGAUGAGAUCGGUCGAAGCGCAACAACAUCUGGCAAGCCUGCCACCGCACGGGCAGAGAAGCGCUGCCCCGACACACGAACCCUCCCCGCUCGGCGGGCCCCCAGGCAUGCCAGGGCUGCCACAGUUUCAUGGCCAGGCCCAGAGGCCGGUGACACCCGGGCCGCAGCCGACCCGAGCAGCACCGGGGCCUACCCGAUCCCUCUCGCAUUCCUCCAUGAGCCACGGGCUUCAUCCAGCCUCUCCCCAGGAGCCGAUGCCAGGCGGAAAUCUCGGCCGCGACUUUGGCGGACGGACUGCUUACGCAUCGAAUCAUCCGUACGCGCCUCAGCAUCCGGCGGGCAGAGGCCCCCCGGGGUCCGGUCCUAUGGGUGAUGGGAGGUGGGGACCCGGAAUCCUCGGCUCAUUGCCGCCGGGAGUGACUAGAACAAGGAAUAUUCAGCUUACCGAGGGCCACCAGCCUCUUCUCACCAUCACCCCAGCCCACGGUGAAGAAAUUGUGGUUCCCGUGGACGUCCACCAAGCAUCGAAACAGGCAGACGAGAAGAGGCAGCGAAACGCGGGGGCAUCGGCAAGAUUUCGGCAGCGAAAGAAGGAGAAGGAAAAGGAACAACAGCAGGGUUUACAGAAGCUGGAGUCGCAAAACCGUGACUUGGAGAGGAAGGUUGACGAGCUGGAAAGUCGGGUCGGGGAGCUGGAAGCGGCGCGCGAUUUCUAUCGGACCGAUCGAAAUCGCCUCCGAGAUAUCGUGGCUCGAACUCCUGCAAUCAGCGAGUGGGCCGAGCGAGGUCCGCCGAGCCCGACCUUUUCAAGAAGAGCGGCCUCUUUCGCGAUGGAUGACAGUUCUGUUCCCGGGCCGUCCUCUCACUCGCAGCCGCAGCAGCAGCAGCAUCCGAAUCCAUACGGCCAUGCCCUCGACCACCCCCACCCGCCUCCAAGCUCCUACGGCGACCCAUCCAUGCUCGAGCGCCCGGCAAGGCGGAGAAGGACCGAUCCCAACCCUCAGUUAACUUCUCCAUCCUAUAACCCAAACGCGCCAAGCCCCUUACCUCCUCCGAUGCCCGGGCAUCCUCCCUCGUUUGGGGUUCCCGCAUCCCCGAUUACGUCGAGUGCGCCCGGUUCAGCCCGACUGCCCCCUCUUCGGUUCGACCAGCCGUCGCCUUCCUCGGAAACCCCACCGCCCCUUCCCAGCGGACCGCCUCCGCCAUCGCUACCUCCGCAGACCAGCAGCCCGUACCAGUCCUACAGCAAAGUCGCCUAUGAAACUGGGUGGGCGACUGGACCAAGAGGACCGGCCGAAGGGGGUCCCAGGUGAACAAAGCAUGGAAACAUGCUGCCUGCUAGCGUCCGUUAUGUGGCAUUUUGCGCUGCUCGGCUUCAGACAUGGUCGGCUCGGACCUGUUGCCGUUUCCUUUACGCUUAAACCACUAAACAUAACCCCCGUCCCACAAAACAUGGCCCCUAAACGAGAGGCGCAAGAAAAGGAGACGUACUGGACUUGGCAUUAUUCCGGUACCGCGUAUCUGGUUCUGGGACUGGAAUCAGACAGGAAUUAAUAUAUCCUUUCUUUUUCUUUGUUUUCUUUUUUUGUCGGGUUCAUCUAGAGGAUAGCUUGGGAACCAGCUCGGGCG